AUGCGCUCCUUUGUCAACUUCUUGGUCGCGAUCAGCGCUACAUACGGGUUUGCAUGCGAUACUGCGCAUCAAUAUAUUCGUCGGGAUGCGGUCUCGAAUGCUCCAGCGCCCUCUCCCGCAAUUGGUGGCUUCUCUGAGAUCUUCACAGAGACCAUAGCCGCAUUACCAGCACCACCAACUCCUAUCGCCGGAUUCUUCAAUACUACUUUGUUUCCCAAGCAGCAGCAACAGAAUGUAACCCAUUUUCUUCGACAAGCUUCUGAGCUAAGCACUGACUGGAGGAUCCACCAAUUCUUCCAAGAUCAAUGUAUUACGCAACAGGUGUUUCCAAAACUAUUCACGCAGCCUGCUGGCUUCGUCACACCCUUUUCGCCAUUCGAUAACUUUUACUUUGUUGGACAAGCCUUUGUGUCGUCUUGGGCAUACGAUACAGGCGAUGGACUGGUCGUGAUCGAUUCACUCGACUCCUCCGAUGAGAUAAAGGCAAUCAUGCUUCCGGCCCUCGAGAAAUUCGGCUUCAGUGGGAACGACAUUAAACAUGUCAUUGUUACACACGAGCAUCUGGAUCACUACGGUGGGGCCAAAUAUCUCAAAGAGACAUACAACUCAACAAUCUACGCCUCUGAGGUCGCUUGGCAAGAAAUGGCAACGUAUACGUACCCUCCUAAUUCAACAUCUAUCCCUCCAAGCAAGGAUAAGACGCUGGUGGACGGUCAGAUCCUUCAGGUCGGAAAUGUAUCUUUCGAGAUUGUCCUUACACCUGGUCACACCCCUGGUACUCUGUCGCUCAUCUUUCCCUUGACUGAUAAGAAUGGCACCAAGCACCAUAGGGCAGGCCUGAACGGAGGUACAGGUAUCCCGCAGUCUGCUACCGACCGCACGGCCAAAGUACUGUCGCACUAUCGUCUUGCAGCAAUUGCAUACGAGCGAGGGGUCGACACGCUCAUCUCGAAUCACCAGGUUGCUGACCACGCGCUGUUCAAUUCAGACUUGCUCGCACACGCAAGCUCGGACAUUCAUAAUCCGUUCGUGAUCGGCAGAGGCAAUUAUUACAAUUACUUGCGCAUCUUAGGGUUAUGCACAAAGGUAUACGCGGCGAGACAGGGCAUGGAUCUUUGGGCUUAA